GGAAACAACUGGAAGGCAUCUGGCACACCUCCAUAGUUGUGCACAAGGAUGAGUUCUUCUUUGGCAGUGGUGGUAUCUCCAGCUGUCCCCCGGGAGGGACAUUGCUUGGGCCCCCAGACUCUGUGGUUGAUGUGGGGAACACAGAAGUCACAGAAGAAAUCUUUCUGGAGUACCUGUCCUCCCUGGGGGAGUCUCUGUUCCGAGGUGAGGCCUACAACCUCUUUGAGCACAACUGUAACACCUUCAGCAACGAAGUGGCACAGUUCCUGACCGGGCAGAAGAUUCCUUCUUACAUCACUGACCUUCCCGCUGAAGUUCUCUCCACGCCCUUCGGACAGGCCCUGCGGCCCCUCCUGGACUCAAUCCAGAUCCAGCCUCCCGGAGGGAGCACCGUGGGCCGACCCAAUGGCCAGAGCUAACAGGACUGCAUGGGACCGCCCUGCCUCACCAGGGUUUUCCUUUUUAAACAAAACAAACCCUACCAGAUUUCUAUUUUAUAAUUUUACAUCAGAGCUAACAACCAGGGGACGGCUUUUUAAAUUUCCCAGGGAAGGAGAUCAUCAGGCUGCAUGUAGGACAAUGCUGCUAAGAAACAGAACAAAUGCCACCCCUUCUAAUAGUAUUAUACUAAUUUAUUAAGGCUGUCUUGUCUGUGAGUUCACUUCUGACGCUGCUUCCUAAGCGUCCUCUACGCUGGAGAAAGGGGGUUUGUUUAAGCAGAAAGCAGGAAGCACAGUUUGGGGGAGCCCCAACCUAGAACCUCUUUCCAGAGAACACCCAUGCUCUAUCCAAGUUGCUGCCACCUGGGGGACCCAGGUGAGUUUUACCACAUCCAUGACCCAGAAGCAGUUACUCUCUAGCGUUAAAUGAACCAAAGGAGUUGGCGCACGUGGGACCAACCUAAAUAAACUCCUUAGCCACAAGCUCUCUCACCUUCUUUCCUCUACCCCAAGCAAGGCCACGGGGCCAGGCCUGGAGCAGCCAGAAGCCUCAGGAUCAAGGGAGAGUGACUGAAAGUGUCAGGCCAGAGGAAACAGAUAAAGCCAUUCCUCCUUCCUCCCAGGCUGAUUGCCAAACCUCUGACUUCACUUUUGGAGAACUGCCUUGCUGCCCACAGGCUGCUCUUCCUUGGCAAGGCUGACCUGUCAGAGUUAAAGGUCUGGGCUGGAGCGCCAGAGAGCUGGGCCCUUAUGUCUGCAAGUCACAAUGGAGGCUGUUUGCCGUCACUGUACCUGCCCCACCCAGACCAAUAUGCAGUAUUCUGCUAGGGACCAAGGGGAAGUGAUUCCCUGCUCCAGGAAAAUACACCAGAUGUGGAUGGGAUAACAGUGCAGAGCCAAGGUGGCAAGAAAGUUUAGAGCUGUUCCUGAUAGGGAUUUUUACAUUGUGCUAGAUGCGUUUUGAAGACACGUAUUGUUUCCAUUGUCAUUCUGACUUUCAGGAAGCAUGGUUGGGGUCGUGCUUGGGCAUUUUCCUAAUGAGCUGCUGCUAGGAGCUUAUAGGCAGGGAGCAAUCUGGAACUUAUCUAGAGAGGCUUGCAGAUUCCCUUUCUUCACAGGAGCCUCCCCUUAACUUAGUUUUGGGGGAAGUGAGGGUGGAGCGGGGACGCAGAGCUGCCAGGUACCUGAGUCCCAGCCCUGGUAUCCUUGGGCCCCUCCUGCUGCAGCUCUUGCCCUUCUCAGACUUGAAUUAUGUUCUCUUUCCUGGUGUUUGGCCGGCAGCCGGUGCCUUUUCUCUCCAAAAGCUGCUGCUCACCUCUGGCCUCCUCUCCUCCUGUCUCUGCUGUCAGCCGUAGCAGUUGGUGUCAUCAGGGUCUCAGCUAGAGGAAUAGAUAUCAUUCUGCCUUAGUGUCUACCUGUGACCUGGCCAGGGGCGUGUCCAUGAUGACUAGCUGUGAAGUCAAGUGACAUUUUGGAACUUAAGAUUGGAGGCCAAACUAAUGAGCAGUUUAAUUCUUCUCAAGACCCACUGAUUUGCCAGCAUGUGCGUGGUCAUAUGAUACAUUAGAGCAGAAACUAGCAGGGACGUAUUUACUGUUGACCAACUGGCAGAAUGGACCAUGGAGACUGGGUCUCGGGCUGGGAUUCUCCCAGGAAGGCAGCACAUUGGUUCAGGCCAUCGCUCUGCUUCCCACCUGGGUUUCCUUUCCAGCUUACCUUGCCCAGCCCUCUCCCUCUCUUCCAGGCUGUUGCUCCAGACCUCUCUGCUCAGAGCUCCAGCCAGAGGGUGCUGGGCAUCACAAGCUCCUCAUCUGUCUUCCCCCAGCUUCAGGCUCAGCGGGUUUCGCUCCUCCCAGCGGUCACCUCCAGACCCAGGGCUGUACUGAGAAGGCAGCCUAAGUGGCUCCUCUCAGAGACUGAGUUACUUGGUUCAUUGGAAGUCUCCUUCACACCCAGCAGCUAUCUGUGCCAAUUCCUGUGCCCUAGGGGUUUAUGGGGAGAGACGGAUCUGUAAGCUUCUCAGAGCCUCACAGAAAGGCAAGCUCUCCCUCCCACCCAGUCCCAAUGUUGCUAACUUUGGAAGCCCACGCUCAGGCUCGCCCCCCAACCCAUCCUCACAUUUCUGUCUCCCGGCACCUCAGGAGCAUGCUCACUGUGACUAGCUAGCUGCACACGGUGUGCGGGCAAGCAGAGGAGAAAUGAGCAUGCGUGUAACUAGCGCACAGCGGACACCUCCAUAGAGGUCCACUGGCUUAAAGGGACAGGGAGGAAGGAGAGAUGAGACCAUCACCCCCUCCCAGAAAUAAAGCUUGGACCUUUGAGAUUCCUUUUUGCCCUUGAAUUCAAACUGAUAACGGUGUCUAGUACGGAGGUGUUUGCUGGUUUUCCUUGGUGUUUUUCUAAUGCAAUAAACUCAUUUCUGCCUGCUGCA